AUGGUGUCGUCCAAAAGUGUGCUUUUAGUCGCCGGACUCGCCUUCUUCGCAGAUCGAGUACAUUCGCAAAGCUCGACGUUCACAGCCACGACGAUAUAUUUUCCCCAGGCUGCAACCACAUCCGUCUAUUCAGCCGAGACGACUCUCCCAUAUCACAAGAACGCCUCGUACCCUUAUCUCGGGCAGGCUCCUACACAAGCUGCUUUCCCCUCGUUGAGCACUCCCACAGGUUCACACUGCGUGGUCACACCACUGGGUUGGGGCCAGGACGACUCGUCCCAGAUCCUCGCAGCCGUGGAACAGUGCGGCGUCAACGGCACCAUCACACUCCCUGCUCCCUAUGUCUACACCGUCUCGCACCGCAUGCACAUGUACCUUGAGAACGCACGGUUCGAGAUUUUCGGUACACUCUCCUUCACGCCAGACUUGACAUAUUGGAUCGACAACUCCUUCCGCGUCGAGUUUCAGAACCAAUCCACGGCCUGGAUCGUCGAAGGGCAAAACUUCACCAUCGACGGCGGCGGCUGGAUGCAAGGCGGCGUCGACGGCAACGGGCAAGCAUGGAUGACCCACGCAGCCGGGUUGAGCAACCAAUUUGGCAGACCCAUAGUUCUAUCCAUCUACAAUGCGUCCAAUGUGGUAAUAACGAACUUCUCGAUCCGCCAACCGCAGUUCUGGUCGUUCUGGGUGCAGGACUCGUACAAUGUCGAGAUCUCUAGCGUUUGUAUCAAUGGCACCAACACCGACCCCUAUGGCAAUUCAUCCAACUUUGAGACCAACAUCGACGGGCUGGAUUCCUUGCGGGUCGACCACCUGCUCAUCAAGGACUGGGUGUUUCAUGGCGGCGACGAUUGUCUUGCGCCAAAGGGCAACACAACGAACAUGCUCAUCAGCAAUAUGACGUGCGUGGGUGGUGGGAUCGCUUUCGGGAGUAUUGGCCAGUACGUCGAUUCACCGGAUUACAUUUCAAAUGUGACAGCGACGAAUAUCAGCGUGAGCCAGGACGUUAACCCACGCACAGGCGGUGCUGCGGUUGCUGGAGGCGCGUACUUCAAGUCCUGGGUCGGCAAAGAGGAAGGGACGCCGCCUCAGGGUGGCGGUGGUGGGACAGGGCGAGUGUCUAACGUCACGUUUCAGGGUUUGACGACGCAUAACACCAGCCAGGCUGUCUUUAUCAAUAAGUGCUAUUACAAGGUUGCUGAUCAGGCGAAUUACUGUGACACGAGCACGCUUGAGUUCGAGGACUUGAGCUUCUCGGACGUGUCUGGUACGGUGAGUGGGAAGGUAGGAGUCGGGCUGAAUUGUUCGGCUGCCGCGCCUUGUGAGAAUAUCGCGUUCGCCAAUGUCCAUCUGAGCAACUCGGCUACGAAUGCAAGUGCGAGUCUGACCUGUGUCAAUGCUAGGAAUGUCACGGGGUUGACGUGUAACAGCACGAUCACGUCGUAG